UUGUCAUAGAUGGUGGUAUAACAAUACGAACGAUUUUUGCUACAUUUGCAUGGUACCUUCGGAACAAGCGAGUGUCAUUCGUAGCAAGUAUCGUCGAGUCCGAUGGAGACAAUUCUAUGUUUCUUAAGCUUUGAACCCGGUUCCUAAUAAAUAAAGGACUUCACCGAGAACGUUAAGCAUAUGCGAUAAGUACCGAUUACUUACAAUAAACAUUGCACAAAGAUUGAACUGUCAGAUGUUUUUAUUCUAUAUAUGAUAAGGCGCCUUCCUUAUUUAUUUACUUACUAUAUAGAAAAAUUCAAUUAACGAUGGACGUGAGCUUAAUAUUUAAAGCUUGUGUGAAGACAGUUAGUCUUCGAAACAAGGAUCUAGGAAUUGUAAGUAAUAUUUCAAACGUGAAGAAAACAAGGAACAAAAGUUCAUUCUUCGUGAAAGUACAAGCUGUUGUUGUACAAAUUUCAAAGCUACGUCAAUUUUUAUUAGAAAACCGUAAAGCGUAUUUGAAUUUUUCAAAUUAUCUCUCUUAUCUGCCGAGUAUGACAGAUGCAGAUAGGGAUGAAAUAGAUAUUGGAGCACAGAAAAUUAUGACCACGUGUGCCCAAUUAAUCAAGGAGUUGAAGAGAGAAGUGGCAGACUCCAUAGUCUCACCUCAAAAUUUAGAGCAUAGAGAAAUAAUGCUACUGUUAAUUGAGGAUUACCUGAAAAAUGUAUGCAAAAUUUAUUCAGAGCAAAAAGCGAUACGCGUGAAGAGGACAAUGGAAAUAAGGAAAAUCGCUAAAUUAGAAUUAGAAGCGAAGCCUGUGAAAAAAUUUGAAGCUGAAGCAAAGAAAUCUAGUUUGAAUAGUAAUGAAAAAUUAGAAGAGAAAGAUGGGAAAAUUGGUUCCAAUGACUCUAGUCCUUUGAAAAUUCAAGAAAUAAAUGGAGAUGUUAAUUCUUUAAUGUACGAAGAAGAAUUAUCACCAGAGGAUAUUCAAGUAUUCGAAGCAGAAAAUGAACAGCUGUACAAUGAACUUAAUAUAAUAACCGAAGAAGUAAAGCAAAUAGAAAGCAAAGUAGUACACAUAGCUGAACUGCAAGAAAUAUUUACGGAAAAAGUAUUGGACCAAGAUAAAGACUUGGAUCGGUUGAUGACCACAGUUGUUGGAUCCACGGAAAACGUUAGAGAAGCUAAUGAACAAAUCAGACAGGCUAUUCAACGGAACGCCGGUCUUCGAGUGUGGAUUCUUUUCUUUCUUUUAGUUAUGUCGUUUUCUCUAUUAUUUCUUGAUUGGUACAACCCAUAAAAUAAAGAAAUGUUUUAGUAAUUUUAUUAAAUCGUUUGUACAUACACUCAAAGAAUGUUGUACAUUAUUUUUUAUACUAAUACAUAUAAUCUUCCCUAAUUCUGAAACAACAGGAGAUCAAGGUUUUGCCAAAAUAUGUCACUGUAUUUUAUCCCCAAAACAUUUUACAUAAUUACUACAUCUUAUGUAAUAAAUUUUAUAGUAUAUGUAUAUAUUUACUUAUAUACACACAUUCGCACCUAUCGCAAACAUUUUUGUCAUUUCAUCAGUAUUUGGUUCAACGGGAAAACAUACUGUAAACGAAUUACGGGGAAAUGUUGCAA